CUACGGGGAUCCUCCGAGCUUGCCUCACGGACGCAGGACACGACGCCAGCCGCCCGGACCUCUUUGAAGGCAGCGCAGGCGCAAUCCGAAGGCCACGGGCCGGAAGCGCCCCCCAGGCCCGCCCCCUGCUCGCCGGAUCCGGAAGCUGGGCAUCCGCAGCCGGCGCGGCGCCCUCCACGCACCGCCCCUCAUCAUGCUCCGCGCGCCCCGCCGCCUCCUCUGGACCUCCGUAGCGCCUGCUGCGGCCCUGGCUGCGGCGCUGUUCUCGUCGUUUGCGCGCUGCUCUCUUCUAGAGCCGAGGGACCCGGUGGCCUCAUCGCUCAGCCCCUAUUUCGGCACCAAGACUCGCUAUGAGGAUGUCAGUCCCGGGCUGCUGGCGGGCCCCGAGGCUCCGUGGCGGGACCCUGAGCUGCUGGAAGGGACCUGCACCCCGGUGCAGCUGGUGGCCCUCAUUCGCCACGGCACCCGCUACCCCACAGCCAAACAGAUCCGCAAGCUGAGGCAGCUGCACCGGCUGCUGCAGGCCCGCGGGUCCAGGGGUGGCGGGGCCGGUAGUACCGGCAGCCGCGACCUCGGUGCCGCGCUGGCCGACUGGCCUUUGUGGUACGCGGACUGGAUGGACGGGCAGCUGGUGGAGAAGGGACGGCAGGAUAUGCGACAGCUGGCGCUGCGUCUGGCCUCUCUCUUCCCGGCCCUUUUCAGCCUUGAGAACUACGGCCGCCUGCGGCUCAUCACGAGCUCCAAGCACCGCUGCGUGGAUAGCGGCGCCGCCUUCCUGCAGGGGCUGUGGCAGCACUACCACCCUGGCUUGCCGCCGCCCGACGUCGCAGAUAUGGAAUGUGGACCUCCAAGGGUUAAUGAUAAACUAAUGAGGUUCUUUGAUCACUGUGAGAAGUUUUUAACUGAAGUGGAAAGGAAUGCUACAGCUCUUUAUCAUGUGGAAGCCUUCAAAACUGGACCAGAAAUGCAGAACAUUUUAAAAAAAGUUGCAGCUACUUUGCAAGUGCCAGUGAAUGAUUUAAAUGCAGAUUUAAUUCAAGUAGCCUUUUUCACCUGUUCAUUUGACCUGGCAAUUAAAGGUGUUAAAUCUCCUUGGUGUGAUGUUUUUGACAUUGAGGAUGCAAAGGUAUUAGAAUAUUUAAAUGAUCUGAAACAAUAUUGGAAAAGAGGAUAUGGGUAUACUAUUAACAGUCGAUCCAGCUGCACCUUGUUUCAGGAUAUCUUUCAGCACUUGGACAAAGCAGUUGAACAGAAACAAAGGCCAAAGCAAAAUCUGUCCCCUUGUGUGAUCUCUGCACUAAUCAAUUAUUUGGAAAGCCAGCAGAAAUCCACCAAUGUAGUCUAUCAGGCCCACCAUGUGAGCAGGAAUAAGAGAGGGCAAGUGGUUGGAACAAGGGGUGGGUUCCGAGGAUGUACCGUCUGGCUAACAGGUCUCUCUGGUGCUGGAAAAACAACAAUAAGUUUUGCCCUGGAGGAGUACCUUGUCUCUCAUGCCAUCCCUUGUUACUCCCUGGAUGGGGACAACGUCCGGCAUGGACUUAACAAAAACCUUGGAUUCUCUCCUGGCGACAGAGAGGAAAAUAUCCGCCGAAUUGCCGAGGUGGCUAAGCUGUUUGCUGACGCUGGUCUAGUCUGCAUUACCAGCUUUAUUUCUCCAUUCUCAAAGGAUCGUGAGAAUGCCCGCAAAAUACAUGAAUCAGCAGGGCUGCCAUUCUUUGAAAUUUUUGUAGAUGCACCUCUAAAUAUUUGUGAGAGCAGAGAUGUAAAAGGCCUCUACAAAAGGGCCAGAGCUGGGGAGAUUAAAGGAUUUACAGGUAUUGAUUCUGAUUAUGAGAAACCUGAAACUCCUGAGCGUGUGCUUAAAACCAGUUUGUCCACAGUGAGCGACUGUGUCCAGCAGGUAGUGGAACUGCUGCAAGAGCAGAACAUUGUACCCCAUACUAUAAUCAAAGAUAUCCACGAACUGUUUGUGCCUGAAAACAAACUUGACCAAGUUCGAGUGGAGGCUGAAACUCUCCCUUCAUUAUCAAUUACUAAGCUGGAUCUCCAGUGGGUCCAGGUUUUGAGUGAAGGCUGGGCCACUCCCCUCAAAGGUUUCAUGCGGGAGAAGGAGUACUUACAGGUUAUGCACUUUGGCACCCUGCUAGGAGGUAUGGUGCUUCCCGAUGGCGUGAUCAACAUGAGCAUCCCCAUUGUACUGCCCCUCUCUACAGAGGAUAAGACACGGCUGGAAGGGUGCAGCAAGUUUGUCCUGGCAUAUGGUGGACGGAGGGUAGCUGUCUUACGAGACCCUGAAUUCUAUGAACACAGAAAAGAGGAGCGCUGUUCCCGUGUGUGGGGGACAACGUGUGCAAAACACCCCCAUAUCAAAAUGGUGAUGGAAAGUGGGGACUGGCUGGUUGGUGGAGACCUUCAGGUGCUGGAGAGAAUAAGGUGGAAUGAUGGGCUGGACCAAUACCGUCUGACACCUCUGGAGCUCAAACAGAAAUGCAAAGAAAUGAAUGCCGAUGCAGUGUUUGCAUUCCAGUUGCGCAAUCCUGUCCACAAUGGCCAUGCACUGUUGAUGCAGGACACUCGCCGCAGGCUCCUGGAAAGGGGCUACAAGCACCCGGUCCUCCUGCUGCACCCUCUGGGCGGCUGGACCAAGGAUGACGAUGUGCCUCUGGACUGGAGGAUGAAGCAGCAUGCGGCUGUGCUCGAGGAAGGGGUCCUGGAUCCUGAGUCAACCAUUGUUGCCAUCUUUCCAUCUCCCAUGUUAUAUGCUGGCCCCACAGAGGUCCAGUGGCACUGCAGGUCCCGGAUGAUUGCAGGGGCCAAUUUCUAUAUUGUGGGCAGGGACCCUGCAGGAAUGCCCCAUCCUGAAACCAAGAAGGACCUGUAUGAACCCACUCACGGGGGCAAGGUCUUGAGCAUGGCCCCUGGCCUCACCUCUGUGGAAAUCAUUCCAUUCCGAGUGGCUGCCUACAACAAAGCCAAAAAAGCCAUGGACUUCUAUGAUCCAGCAAGGCACAAUGAGUUUGACUUCAUCUCCGGAACUCGUAUGAGGAAGCUUGCCCGAGAAGGAGAGAAUCCCCCAGAUGGCUUCAUGGCCCCCAAAGCAUGGAAGGUCCUGACAGAUUAUUACAGGUCCCUGGAGAAGAACUAAUGCCUUUGGCUUUGGAGUUUCUUUCUGAAGUGCUCUUUGAUUACCUUUUCUAUUUUUAUGAUCACAUGCUUUAUAUUAAAUUGCUUCUCAAUGAUGCAUUUUAAUCUUUUAUAAUGAAGUAAAAGUUGUGUCUAUAAAGUCAACUUAUAUAUAUACACACACAAAGUCAAACUGAAGACCAAAUCUUUGCAGGUGAAAGCAAUAUUCUUAUGCAUUGCAGAAUAAAAUUAACUCUUUGUAUUCUCUACUGCAUCUGAGCAGGCAGAUCUCAGAUUUCUUAAGGCUUUGUUUGACCAUGUGUCUAGUUACUUGCCAAAAAGUGAAUACAUUUUCCAGCAUGUCUUGCCAACCUGCACUCUUCCAAUGUCAUUUGCCAGUUAUAGAAUAUGUCAGAUUAAGCAUCCUCUUCUGUAUAACUGACCAAAAAAAAAAAAAAUUUCUCACUCUAAAAGAAGUGUGGCUUACAUCAAGAUUCUUCCUGAUAUUUUACCUCAUACCUGUACAAAGCCUUACUGCCCAAAUACCUUAUGUUAAAGACUUGACUGGAGAAACAAAAUGUGCAAUAAUGUGAAUUUAAUCUUAGAAAUUUGUAAAGCUUCUUUCUGCCACACACAAAAGUUAUAUUGUCUAAUAAGAAGAGAAGUCUUAAUGACCUUCUGUGAAAAAUGCAACUCCAGUUAAAGUGACUUUUAAUAGCAUACAGUGCUUUGAUGAAGGAUUUGCACUGAGGGGUCAAACAAUGUGGCAAUGUCUUGGAAAGUUAUCUUUCCUGCUCUUUGCUGUGGUCACUGUGUCUUGCAGAAAGGCUGGGACUGACUGCAGCAACGUGAGCUGUAAUAAAAAAUAAGUCACAUUAUCAGACUAGCAAGGCACUAGAACUAGAAAAGACCACAGAAAACAGAAUCCAACCCUUUCAUCUUACAGGUGAAGAAACUGCAAUGAGGCAAAUGUAUGCACUUUGUAAGCUGCUGAGCACAGUAACAAAACUGUCACUUUGCCAUCGUUAGGAAGUACUGGUGGCAGUAAAAGAGCACCGAGUCCACUUGACUCCCAGUCUUGUGCCCUGUCUGCACCAGACAACACAGGAGCUGGGUCAGAUUCCCCUCAGCUGCUUAGCAAAGCUGCCAUCUUGGAUACUGAAAGAUCUUUUCUAAACUCCACUUAUUUUAUUGCAGUUGAAAAUAAAAAUUAAAAACUAUUCCAAAGAUUUCAAGCUGUUCUGAGACAUCUGAUGACUUUACUUCCUGAGAGGUAAUGUUUUUACUUUAUGCAUAAUUCAUUGUUGCCAAGGAAUAUAUGAAGAAACAGCACCUUUUAAUAUAUGUCUCUCUGGAAGAGACCUAAACUGGAAAGAGAAAACUGUGAUAAUUUUCAUAUUCUCAUUUUAAAAAAUGCUAAUCUUAACAAAAGUUCUUCUGAGAAUUACACACAAUGGCCACAGCAGUUUGUCUUAAUAGUGCAGUGCCUAUACUCACAUACUCAGUUACUAUUGCCUUACCGAAAAAAAACCAGCGUAUUUAUUGAAAACAUGAGACAGGAUUAUAGUGCCUUAACCAGAUAUAUUUUGUGAUUUUAAAAAUAUAUUUAAAACUGCUCUUCUGCUCUAGUACGACACUUAGUGCAAAUGAUUAUUUCUAUGUACAACUGAUGCUUGUUCUUAUUUUAAUAAAUUUCUCAGAGUGAA